CUCGGCUUGCCUGGUGCCACAAUGCUUAUUAUGGAUUUUAUCGUAGCAGCUGGCAGAGUGGCUUCUUCAGCUUUUCUCAAUGCACCAAGAGUGGAAGCACAAGUUCUUCUGGGAUCUUUGGUUUGCUUUCCCAACUUGUAUUGUGAACUGCCUGCUCUCCAUCCCAACAUCCCUGAUAUUGCUGUGUCUCAGUUUACAGAUGUUAAGGAACUUACAAUCAAAACUGUGUUAAGCUCCGCAAGAGAUGAGCCCUCUGGUCCUGCACGAUGUGUAGCACUUUGCAGUUUAGGUAUUUGGAUUUGUGAAGAACUAGUCCAUGAGUCUCAUCAUCCUCAAAUUAAGGAAGCUCUGAAUGUAAUUUGUGUAUCAUUAAAGUUUACUAAUAAAACAGUAGCCCAUGUAGCUUGUAACAUGCUUCACAUGCUGGUUCAUUAUGCACCUAGACUUCAGAUUUACCAGCCUGAUUCUCCCUUGAAAAUUAUUCAAAUUCUAAUAGCCACUAUUACCCAUCUUUUGCCAAGUACGGAAGCAUCAUCUUAUGAAAUGGACAAGAGGUUGGUGGUAUCCUUACUUCUGUGCCUUCUGGACUGGAUCAUGGCCUUACCUCUUAAGACACUGCUCCAACCAGUCCAUGCUACAGGAGCAGAAAAUGAUAAAAUAGAAAAAUCUGUCCUUAAUUGUAUUUAUAAGGUAUUACAUGGGUGUGUUUAUGGAGCUCAGUGUUUUAGCAAUCCAAGGUAUUUUCCAAUAAGCCUUUCUGAUUUGGCAUCUGUAGAUUAUGAUCCUUUUAUGCAUUUGGAAAGCCUGAAAGAGCCUGAACCUUUGCACUCUCCUGAUUCGGAACGAUCCUCUAAACUCCAGCCAGUAACAGAAGUGAAAACUCAAAUGCAGCAAGGAUUAAUCUCCAUAGCUGCCCGCACUGUUAUUACACAUCUGGUGAAUCACUUGGGCCAUUAUCCAAUGAGUGGUGGUCCUGCUAUGUUAACAAGUCAGGUGUGUGAGAAUCACGACAAUCAUUACAGUGAAAGCACUGAACUUUCCCCUGAACUCUUCGAAAGUCCAAAUAUUCAGUUUUUUGUGUUAAACAAUACAACCUUAGUGUCCUGUAUCCAGAUCAGAGCUGAAGAGAGUAUACCUGGAGGAGGUUUAUCUGCUGGUCUUGCAUCAGCCAAUUCAAAUGUCAGAAUUAUAGUACGUGAUCUUUCUGGAAAAUAUUCAUGGGAUUCUGCCAUCCUGUAUGGACCACCUCUUGUAAGUGGUCUUUCAGAACCUACAUCUCUCGUACUUUCAUUGUCUCACCAAGAGAAGCCAGAAGAGCCUUCUGCAUCUCAUGAAUGCUUAGAAGAUAUAACAGUUAAAGAUGGGAUUUCCCUCCAGUUUAAAAGAAGUUUUAGAGAAACUGUACCAACUUGGGACACAAUAAGAGAUGAAGAAGAUGUUCUUGAUGAGCUUUUGCAGUAUUUAGGUGUAACCAGUCCUGAAUGCUUACAGAGAACUGGAGUCUCACUUAAUAUUCCUGCUCCACAGCCUGUGUGCAUUUCUGAAAAACAGGAGAAUGAUGUUAUUAACGCUAUCCUUAAGCAGCAUACAGAGGAAAAAGAAUUUGUUGAGAAACACUUUAAUGACUUAAAUAUGAAAGCUGCAGAACAAGAUGAACCAACACCUCAGAAACCUCAGUCAGCAUUUUAUUAUUGCAGAUUGCUUCUUAGUAUAUUGGGAAUGAAUUCCUGGGACAAAAGGAGGAGCUUUCAUCUCCUGAAGAAAAAUGAAAAACUACUUAGGGAACUUAGGAACUUGGACUCAAGACAGUGCCGAGAGACACACAAGAUUGCAGUAUUUUAUGUUGCUGAAGGACAAGAAGACAAACAUUCCAUUCUCACCAAUACAGGAGGAAGUCAAGCAUAUGAAGAUUUUGUAGCUGGUCUUGGUUGGGAGGUAAAUCUUACAAACCAUUGUGGUUUCAUGGGAGGACUACAAAAAAAUAAAAGCACUGGAUUGACUACACCAUAUUUUGCUACCUCUACAGUUGAAGUAAUAUUUCAUGUGUCAACAAGAAUGCCUUCGGAUUCUGAUGACUCUUUGACCAAAAAAUUGAGACAUUUAGGAAAUGAUGAAGUGCACAUUGUUUGGUCAGAGCAUACUAGAGACUACAGGAGAGGAAUUAUUCCUACAGAAUUUGGUGAUGUUCUUAUUGUAAUAUACCCGAUGAAAAACCACAUGUUCAGCAUCCAGAUAAUGAAAAAACCAGAGGUUCCCUUCUUUGGUCCACUCUUUGAUGGUGCUAUUGUGAAUGGAAAGGUCCUACCUAUUAUGGUUCGAGCAACAGCUAUAAAUGCAAGCCGUGCUCUGAAAUCGCUGAUUCCAUUGUAUCAAAACUUCUAUGAGGCGAGAGCCCGGUAUCUGCAAACGAUUGUCCAGCACCAUUUGGAACCAACGACGUUUGAAGAUUUUGCAGCACAGGUUUUUUCUCCAGCUCCCUACCAUCAUUUACCAUCUGAUGCCGGCUCCUACCCAGAGAUCCUACCCAGUGAAACUCCCACAGUGGCGCAGGUAGACGGGGCCGACCUGGCCUCUCCAAUGUCUCCUCGAACGAGCAAAAGCCGCAUGUCCAUGAAGCUGCGUCGCUCCUCUGGCUCCGCCAAUAAGUCCUAAGGAGACAGCAGCCUGGCAGUGGCCACCAGUAGCCACCUUAGCAUGAACAUGGCGUUAACCCUUCCAGGCUUUGUGUUUGCUGUAAUAUGCAUGUUCCUUCCUGAACAUUUAUUUUAGAAAACACUGGAUUUCAAUAAUUUGUAACUUAGUAUUUUAGAUUUGGGUUGUUUAUUUCCCCCACACUCCAAGCUGCCAUAUGAGGGAGGAAGGGGUGAAGCUUUAUUCUACACCCUUUACCUUCCCUCGAUAAUUAUGUCUAAGUAGUUUUACUUUCAAUUUCAUAAUUAACUUUGAGCCAAAAUAUAAUUGGACAGAUAGCCUCAUGAUUUUAUCAUGCCCCAUUACAACCUUAUGGCUCAGUAAAUAUAUAAUUUUUUAAUAAAUGUACAUCUUUAAACAUUUGUAAAGUUGUGGCAAAAGUUGCAGAUUUGUUAAUACACUUGAUGUGUAUGGAUUAUUUAUGUUAUCAAAAUAAACCACUUAAAAUAAAUGGUCUUUUAGCAUCUCAAGUUCCAGCUGAAAUAAUUUUAGCAUUACCUUUUUCUUCCCAAAGCAGUGUCUCAUUUCUUGGCUGUGCAGCAGGUGAUGCCAUGACAUAUCUAAUAACCAGAAAAAUCACUGUGCUGAACUCUGAUUCAUGUUUAGCUUCCAAAUAUUUUUCUAAUGUUUUGCUUUUUAAAUGGUAUCACUGUUAAAUGCCACUUCUGUUUUGAGAUUAUGGCCCCUUAUUAUUGGCUGCUGGACCCUGGUAUAUCUAUGUUCUUUCUUAAGUACCAAAAAGGGAAGAAUGAGGUGGGGUGGGUAGAAAAAAAAAAAAAAAGAAAACUUUUCUAAGUGUGUGGCUUAAAUUAUGUAUAUUAUUUUAAAAGAAAAGGGAACAUGAUCCAGGAGUCUAAAUUAAUCUAAUAUUGUUAAUAUUGAACAUGCAGGUGCAGGUUGGUAUACAUUCCACCCUCCAGAAAUAUUUUCCUACAGUAGAUAAGCUGCUCACAUUUUGCUCACAUUUUUUUUUUUUGAACGAGCAUCUCCUGAAGAAAUACGUAGCAUGACAUUGGUACUAACUGCAUGU